GGUGGCGGCGGUGGCGGCGGCGGCGGCGGCGGCGGCGGCGGCGGGUCGCGGUCGCGGUCCCUCUCCUCCGAGCUCCCAGCCGGAGGGGAGGGAGUCACGAUGUCUGGGAGCCGCCAGGCCGGAUCGGGCUCCGCCGGCACCAGCCCAGGCUCCUCGGCGGCCUCCUCGGUGACUUCCGCCUCCUCGUCCUUAUCCUCUUCCCCGUCGCCCCCUUCCGUAGCGGCUUCGGCGGCGGCGCUGGGGUCCGGCGGGGCGGCCCAGGCCGCGGGCUCCGGCGGUCUCGGGGGCCCGGCGAGGCCUGUGCUGGUGGCGGCCGCGGUGUCCGGCAGCGGCGGCGGGAGCGGCGGCGGGGCGGUGUCCGCGGGCCUGUCCCGGCUCAGCUGCGCGGCCAGGCCCAGCGCCGGCGUAGGAGGGAGCAGCUCCAGCCUAAGCAGCGGCAGCAGGAAGCGACCUCUGCUCGCCCCCCUGUGCAACGGGCUCAUCAACUCCUACGAGGACAAAAGCAACGACUUCGUCUGCCCCAUCUGCUUUGAUAUGAUCGAGGAAGCAUACAUGACGAAGUGUGGUCACAGCUUUUGCUACAAGUGUAUUCAUCAGAGUUUGGAGGAUAAUAAUAGAUGUCCCAAGUGUAACUAUGUUGUGGAUAAUAUUGACCAUCUGUAUCCUAAUUUCUUGGUGAAUGAGCUCAUUCUCAAACAGAAGCAAAGAUUUGAGGAAAAGAGGUUCAAAUUGGACCACUCAGUGAGUAGCACCAAUGGCCACAGGUGGCAAAUAUUUCAGGAUUUGUUGGGAACUGACCAAGAUAACCUUGAUUUGGCCAAUGUCAACCUCAUGCUGCAGUUACUAGUACAGAAGAAGAAACAACUGGAAGCAGAAUCACAUGCAGCCCAGCUACAGAUCCUUAUGGAAUUCCUCAAGGUUGCAAGAAGAAAUAAGAGAGAGCAACUGGAGCAGAUUCAGAAGGAGUUAAGUGUUUUGGAAGAGGACAUCAAAAGAGUGGAAGAAAUGAGCGGCUUAUAUUCUCCUGUCAGUGAGGAUAGCACAGUGCCUCAAUUUGAAGCUCCUUCUCCAUCACACAGUAGUAUUAUUGAUUCCACAGAAUACAGCCAACCUCCAGGUUUCAGUGGCAGUUCUCAGACAAAGAAACAGCCCUGGUAUAACAGCACAUUAGCAUCAAGACGAAAACGACUCACUGCUCAUUUUGAAGACUUAGAGCAAUGUUACUUUUCUACAAGGAUGUCUCGUAUCUCAGAUGACAGUCGAACUGCAAGCCAGUUGGAUGAAUUUCAGGAAUGCUUGUCCAAGUUUACUCGAUAUAAUUCAGUACGACCUUUGGCUACAUUGUCAUAUGCAAGUGAUCUCUAUAAUGGUUCCAGCAUAGUUUCUAGUAUUGAGUUUGACCGGGAUUGUGACUACUUUGCAAUUGCUGGGGUUACAAAGAAGAUUAAAGUCUAUGAAUAUGGCACAGUCAUUCAGGAUGCGGUGGAUAUUCAUUACCCUGAAAAUGAAAUGACCUGCAAUUCCAAAAUCAGCUGUAUCAGUUGGAGUAGUUAUCAUAAGAACCUAUUAGCCAGCAGUGAUUAUGAAGGUACCGUCAUCCUAUGGGAUGGAUUCACAGGACAGAGGUCAAAGGUCUAUCAGGAGCAUGAGAAGAGAUGUUGGAGUGUUGACUUUAAUUUGAUGGAUCCUAAACUCUUGGCUUCAGGUUCUGAUGAUGCAAAAGUGAAGCUAUGGUCUACCAACCUGGAUAACUCAGUGGCAAGCAUUGAGGCGAAGGCUAAUGUGUGCUGUGUUAAAUUCAGCCCCUCUUCUAGAUACCAUUUGGCUUUCGGCUGUGCAGAUCACUGUGUUCACUACUAUGAUCUUCGUAACACUAAACAGCCAAUCAUGGUAUUCAAAGGACACCGAAAAGCCGUCUCUUAUGCAAAGUUUGUGAGUGGUGAGGAAAUCGUCUCUGCUUCAACAGACAGCCAGCUAAAGCUGUGGAAUGUAGGGAAGCCAUACUGCCUACGCUCCUUCAAGGGUCAUAUCAAUGAAAAAAACUUUGUAGGCCUUGCUUCCAACGGAGAUUAUAUAGCUUGUGGAAGCGAGAACAACUCUCUUUACCUGUACUAUAAAGGACUUUCUAAGACUUUGCUAACUUUUAAGUUUGACACAGUCAAAAGCGUUCUGGACAAAGACCGAAAAGAAGAUGACACAAAUGAAUUUGUUAGUGCCGUGUGCUGGAGGGCACUUCCAGAUGGGGAGUCCAAUGUGCUGAUUGCUGCUAACAGUCAGGGUACAAUUAAGGUGCUAGAGUUGGUAUGAAGGGUUUGCUCAAGUUAAACUGUACUAGAUCCUGCUGAAAUACAUCUGCAGCCGACAAUACGAGAAGACAGAUCCUGCAGUGUCUCUCCCCAAAGUCACCAUGGGUUUUGGAUUUGUUUUGAGUAUUUUUUUUUUUCCCUGUUUUUCCUCCUUUUGACCUUCGGGACAUUGGGAAUACCCAGUGAACUCUCCACCAUCAAUGUAACUCUACGGACUUUGCUGCUGUUGGUGGUAUGCUUAUCUAAUUUUUGUGAUAGGGAAACAAAUUCUUUUGAAUAAAAAUAAAUAACAAAAAAAUAAUAAAAGUUUAUUGAGCCACAGCUGAGCUGGGAA